UGCAGGCCAUGCAGCGGCCCAGGCUCUUCGGCCGGCUCAGGGCCGCGGUCGUCGGGAUGGUGCACGUGGGAGCGCUUCCAGGGACACCAAGAAGUUCUCUUCCAUUGACCCAGAUCAUUAAUCAAGCCUGUCAAGAGGCAGAAGUUUACAAGGAUGCUGGAGUUGAUGGGUUGAUCCUGGAGAACAUGCACGACGUGCCGUACACGGUGAGCCCGGGCCCGGAGGUCACCGCAGCCAUGGCCGUGCUCGGUGCUGCUGUGAGACAGAGCUGUCCCCACGUCCCUCUGGGUGUCCAGGUGCUCUGUGCUGCCAACCAGCAGGCAAUAGCCGUUGCUCUGGCUGCAGGUCUUGAUUUUAUCCGGGCUGAAGGGUUUGUGUUUUCUCAUGUGGCUGAUGAAGGGAUUAUAAAUGCUUGUGCAGGUGACCUGCUACGAUACAGAAAACACAUUGGAGCAGACAACAUUCAGAUUUUUGCUGAUAUUAAAAAGAAGCAUAGUGCUCACGCCCUGACGGCCGAUGUCAGCGUGGCGCAGACGGCGAGCGCGGCCCAGCUGUUCCUGGCCGACGGCGUGGUGCUCACUGGCACUGCCACCGGGCACCCCACGGACCCCCAGCAGCUGCAAGAGGUGAAGCAAGCUGUGAAGAUUCCUGUGCUGGUUGGGUCUGGAGUGACUCUGGAGAAUGUGGGGAAUUACUUGGAUGCAGAUGCUUUAAUAAUUGGUUCGUAUUUCAAGAAAGGAGGAUAUUGGGCAAAUGCUGUUGAUCCUGACCGAGUCAAGAAAUUCAUGGAACACAUAAGUAAACUGAGGGAAUGAGUUUGUCAGCAAACACUGUUUAUUUGUGUUUGUUUGUAGAAAUGCAGUGUGGUAAGUCCUACAGAAUUAAAGCACAAAUGUGUGGCCGAAUGGCAAAUAAUACCAAAUAAAAAUGCACAUCAUCUCCAUAACUAGCUGGGAAGCUUGGUGACAUACUGCACAAUAAUCUGCUGCCCUGAUGUUUGCUUCUAGGCAGCACAUUUCUGUGGUGCUCAAAGCCACUGUCAAUGCGAAGCCAACUCUGAAAUCUUGUGUGAGAUAUUCUCUCCCGUAAGUUAAAUGCUUACGGAGUUUAAGAAUUUUUAGAAAAUGUUCAUCACAGGUGAGCUGAGUUCUGCUUUGCCUUUAAGUACAGUAGGAUGCCCUAAGUUUACAGCUAAAAGUGUUGUAAAUUGGACAAGUUAAUUAGCCUUUCAGUUUCCCCAUCUGUAAAAUGAUGAUAAUAGCACCUACGUCACACAGGGGCCAUAAGACAUAAUGAAGGAAAGAAUGUACAGCACUUUCAUCUCUCUAAAUGAAGGGCUCUUUUAAAGUUCAAGAUCAUUAUUUUUUCAUUAGAAUUGUGCAUUUAUACAAUUGCUACAUUUUUGUAAUACCACACAAAAAUUUAAGAUAAUUGGGGUAUUGAUUUACUUACAAU